CAAAUCAACAAGGAAGUAUUUUUAAGGCGCCAAUUUUGUCUCGUCGUAGAAAUCGAAAUAGGCUUUCUGUGUUUUGUCUGUUUUUAUUCGGCAAUAACUCGGCGACAAUGACUGAAAACACCUUCCCUGUUUAUACUGCGGAUGCGAUAGUGAACUUUUACCGAACAGAAGUUCUAACUGGCCAAGAGGCCAAACACUUUACAAAGAGCGAUCUGACUCCUGCUCCGAAGCCAGAGGCAGUUCAAACAUUAUACAUGAGAGUACUGCAUCUCCUGUAUCGUUUCAGACCUGAAUGUCAUUCUAUGGUUCCACUUCUGGAGAACAUUCAGUAUCCAGAAUAUCAUGAGGCGGCAACUGCUAUCAUGAGCGUCUACGUGCGCAUGCGGCAGUUUCUGCCUAUGUGCUUGGUGUAUGAUUUCUCAUUGAAUGACCUCCUAGCCCCAAAAAAACAGAAGACUCUGACUGUUCUUAGUGCAAUCAUGAACUUUCUUCACUUCAGGAAGCAGAGGAUGGACAUGAUCUUGGAGAAGCAGGCCAAAUUUAGGGCAGACAUGGACAGACUGCAGGCUUAUACCAGAGGCAAUCUAGAAGCGGAGAAGAAGAUUGAGAUGCUCACGACCAUCCCACCAGAGCAGCAGGCCGAGGCAGACGAGCUGGCAGCUGCUCUCUCUGAACUGCAGGCCGCCACCAUGCACGAAUACCAGGAAGUGAAUAUAAAAAACGACUGCAUCGCAGAGUGGAAAACCAAAAUUGCAGAAAAGUCUCAGAAACUGGCCCAGAUGAAGGUGGACGUCAGCAACCUGAAGGAAGAUAUCGGCAAACUCAAGUCUCAGAUUGUGGAGUCCCCAGAGGAGCUGAAGAGUCAGAUGGAGAAAAUGAGGGAGAAUGUCAAGAACAUCAAGAACUCCAUUAAAGAAACAGAUGAGCGUGUGGUGGAGCUGCAGAACAUGGUGCAGAGUGUGACUCACACUGAAGCUGAGAUCCAGCAGAUGUAUAACCUGCUGCAGGACCUAGAGAGCAGCAUGAACAACACCAAGCAGAGACAGGAGAUGAACCAGGAGCUGACAGCUCAAUAUGAAAAGAAGCAGAAGGAGCUGAAGAACCUUUGUAUCGAGGAAGGCCAGGUAAAGCGUGCUCAGGGCAUGAAGCUGGAUAAAGAGUCCAAACAGAACAUCCGGAGACAGAUGAAGAGAGAGAUGAAGGAGCAACACGUUCAAGAAGUUUUGGGGCAGUGUAACCAAAUCCAUCAAAAGCGUGAGGAGAUGGCUGACAAAAUCCAAGAGAUCUCCAGAGAGACACAACAGUUGAAGGCCAAGAUCCAGAGCCUGAGAGACGUCUGCAGCAAAGAGACAGAAAAAGCUCAGGCCCUGUAUGAUACCCUGGCAACUUCAAUGGAUGAUUUACACAGGAGAAUUGAUAUGCAUAUUGUGGACCUGAAACAAAAUGUCGUCAAGAUGUCUGCAAACCUUUAAAUGAAUUUUUCAUUUUUAUCAGUUGUAUUACUGUCUUAGUACUUAUCUGUCAUGUUUUUACUGUUUUGACUUUUUGAUGUUUUUGACCAUUUAUAUUUAAAAUGUUUAAAGUUGUAAUUUGAUUAAAGUAAUUGCUGUUAUCUUCAUUAAUUAAUAAAUUCCAUGCUUCAUUGCAGGGUGUACAUGAUAA